AAUUGUUACUUUUUCGCAACGUUGGUAUUAAUGAAAAGACAUGACAAUGACGGCACGAGAAAGAAACUCAACAUCUUCGUCGGAUCAAUGGACGCCGGAGGAGGAGAUUCAUUUAUUUUUUGCUAUGGGUUGCCUUAAACCCGUUGGAGUCAAUAAACAUUUUUAUAUGGCGUGCAUUGCAGAGCGUCUGUCCAGCAGUCUUAAUCGUGAUUUCACCACUGAAAGUAUAUGGGGCCAUUUGAGAACGCUCUACAACUUGGAAGCACUGGAUGAUUUGGAGCCAUUACCAUUUCCUAAUGAAGAAAAAGAAUUUUCGUUGCCUGAAGCUGAAUUUUCAUCAUUGCUAAAGAAAAUUAAAGAACCAGAAGAAAUAAAACCAAAUAACGAGCAACCAUCAAUAAUUGCUAUUGCAACAGAUAACAUUAACAAAGAUAAAUCACUUAACCAGAUAAAAACUACACCGUCCAAUACUCCCACACCUGCAACUCCCAAAGACCUGGACAAAAAACUAAUUGCAAAACUCUCGGAUGGCCCAAAAAGAACUCCAAAACGUACACGAGGUUCGGUGUCACUUGAAUCAAAUAGUCCUUCGACUACUCCGCCACCACCCCCAUUACAGAGCAGCAAAAGACGACGUAUAUAGUUUAAUUUAUUUUAAGGCGAUUUCAUAGCAGUUUAUUUUUUAGUUCAUAAUUACUCAGUUUAGUUACUUUCUAUACAAUUUAAAAAAAUAAAGUUUAAUCUUCAAAGUC